GUAAAGGGAAUGAAAGUCUUCCAAGAUAAUAUAGAAAUUUUUGUUUUAAAUUAGUAGAGCAGUUUCGUAUCAAAAUGGCUUGUCGCUGCAGAUAUCUCAAGCAGAUCUUGACCAAAUGCUGCUUCUGCUAUUCGCUGCGCUUUGGAGUCCUGCUCUUCGGAUGCAUCUUCCUGACCUGGUUCCUGUACAUUACCAUCGGCACUGGGUUCAUGAUGGAGUGCAUUUUCCCGUCGGAGUACCAGAAGUCUGUCUUCCCAGCAGUGGCGGCCCUCAAGGCCACCAUGGUCUUUUCCUUCUUCGGAGUAAUUGCUUCAGCCAUGCUAUGCAUGGGAGUGCAUAAUAACAACGAGAUGCUCUUUAUACCCUUUCUGGGAUUCGCGCCCGUCUGGAUAAUUGUUCACAUUUUCGCCUUGACCGUCUAUACCUUCAACACUGUCAUUAUUAUCCUGACAGUCAUCACAAUGUUCAUUUUGCUCUAUGCGUGGUUUGUGGUUUGGUCCUACUACAUAGAACUGCUCUUCGCCUACGAGGAUGAAUUGGAUACCGGUUAUGUCUAAAAUAUCUGAGAUUUGAGUGUGUGCAAUGGAUGCUUCGAGCAGUAUUUACAGUAUUUAGAACGUUAUGCAGGCCUUUGAAAAGGUUGUUAAAAUUUAUAGAUGUGGAAAAUAAAAAGAAACUUAAAAUUCUUAAUAAUAAUAAUAAUAAAUAAUCUUAACUUCCCGUUUA